AUGCCAGCGACCAGGGAGUCGUUCUGCGGCUUCCUAGAAAGUGGUUACGACUCCAGACAUUUCAAUCUCACUUGCUCAUUCCAGGUGCUAUGUGAGGCAGACAGGGAGUGCCCGUACAAGUACUACUGCCACAGCGGCGAGGGCCACAAGUCAUGUCUCAGGUGCAGAAAGUCGCAUCGUCGUUGCCAUAGAAACAAGAUGUGUUGCCAGGGAAACACGUGUGUCGAUGGUCGCUGCAUCCCCCAUCAGUUCCGAUUCGACGAGGCCUACAACACCGCCGUGCAAAACUUCGAGUCGGAGGUGAACGAGGAGGAGGAGAGUAUCCUUCAGGACACCAAGUUUAAACUGAGAAAAGCUCGCCAGGGCGAGCAGUGUUCUUCAUCUGUAUCGUGCGAGGACGGUUUGUGCUGCGCUCAACAUCUCUGGUCCAAAAUGUGUAAGCCAAUGCUGGAAGAAGGGGACAUCUGCACCAAGAAACGUGACCGUCUCACCGACGUCUUCCAGCGAUGCGAGUGUUCGCAAGGCCUCUCCUGUAAGCGCGAUUCUGUUCCCGAACGCCGCCUCCACGUCUGCCAAGCCGUCAAGCACCGAUCAAGCGGCACCAGCACGGAACGAGGUGGCGGAGAGGGCGCUGCUCAGGGUGAAACCUUGUCACAGCGCGAGAGAUUACUGUCGCUUCCGGUCGAAAAGAUCCGACCGCUUCCGAGCAAGAACGACGGCGACCUCCUCGGCUACCUCUCGGCGGAAUCGGGCGAGAAGCUCUUCGACCUCGCCGGCAGAGGCGAGCGGUGGAUGAUGGGGCGGUCGGCGGAGAAAUUGAAAGGCACGGCGUACAGGGACACGACCGAAAUUACGCGAACGGAACAAGCCGAUAUUGAGGCCAGCCAGUUAACUGUAUUAUGAUCACCAUGAUCCUUCUGAUGACUUGAUGAGGUAGCAAGAUGGUGAGAUGCGAAUGGUAUGAUGAGCAUCUUGCGCAAAAUGAUGAGAGGAUAAUCCGACUAUGAUGAGGAAGACAAUCAUAGGACGGGCGCCAGACCUUUGACGGGGAGUCGGAACAGUCAGACAUCGCUAAUUGGAAAAGUAAACCCAACUCCUUGAUGAAGCCGUUUCACUGCCGAACUCUCCCUGUCUGUCGCCGCUCUUUAAAAUCUCCUCAAGCAGUGUCGCCACUCGAAAAAUCUCGCUCGAUUGUUCCACUUUAUGAAAAAUAGAUAAAAAUAUGAUUGGUGCGGUAUGGAGAAAGCAAACGAGUUAUAGAGAGUCGCUUGUCGGUCAUGAUGAGCUGAGUUAUGGUAUCUGUUUAACUAAAUCGAUAAUACAGAGGGUCAUAUUGCGAUGUCAUUUAACUGCAGGUCUUCCAGUGCGACCAUGCAAAAUGCAGAGAUGAGAAAAUCUAAGUAAGAAGUAACUUUCUCUAAUGAUUAGGGGGUAAGAUUCUGGCUUUAUUAGUCACAGUUUUGUAUUCAAUAUAGCAUUUCAUGAUAACCAACAAAACACUUGAUUAUAUAAAAGGAUAUUUUCUCAACUAUUGUACUUAAUUUAUUAAUCAUGGUAUUAAUUUAUGAUACACGUAACGUUUGUAUGUUUAUGUUUUAAUUUGCAUAAAUCUUAAUCAGGGCAUCUAGCCUCGAAAUUUGCACUGGCAAAAAUGAUAAUAAGUGUAUACAAAAUCGAUGUUAAAUUCUAAAGAAAUUGAAAUCUGUAUUCAGAUAUGAAUAUAUCACUGACGUUUAAGGCAGUGCACAUGUAAAACUUAUCAUUGUAUUCAUGUGGCGUGGAUGACCAGUGUGUGACGUAACAACAUCAAUCAUGUGAUAUCUCUCUAUUGAUUUAAGUAUAUAACCCAACUCUCAAUCACGUUAUGUCAUGUGAUACUGGUCACGUGAACAUGUUGUAUGUCAUGUGAUAAUGGUCACGUGAACAUGUUGUAUCCAUGCCAACAGUAAAUUCAGUUUGAUUUCUAAUUGUUAUGGAGCAAUAUAUAGUAACCUUAUAUUUGAGAAUAUGUAUUAUUUUCUUGUUUGUACAUAACACGGGUAAGAUAUUUCUAUAUCGAUGUUAACACCAUAUUCGAAAACGAUUUUGUUUAUGAUUUAAAAAUUAUUUAUGAUUCCAGUAAGAGCUAUAGUAAUCAGUUCUUACGACGGUUCGUUUUAAUCUUGUUAUAUUUAUGUACCAAUUAUACUUAAAUUAAGAGGAUUUAUCGGAAUAGACAUGAGGCUGUAUUGCAUGCUUAAAGCAUGUACUUGUUCGUAUUAUCCUUCGUAAAAUUCGUUAACAUGCACAGACUUUAGGGUACAACAUUAAUAUGAAACUUGUUUCGAAAUAUGUAUUUUUUGUAGUCGCUUACAGUCAUGAUAAGGCCGAGUAUAGUGCCACUUUUUGAUCAAAAGUUAUUCUUGGACAAAUUGAAAGUGACACCUUUGCGUCAAAACCUUUUCGAUUUUGGUUGUUUUGUUUUUUCCUUUUUAGUUUCUUUUUUCUUAACUUGGUUAUCUUAAGCUAUAAAUCUAUCAAUAUGUCCGAUCUGAGAAUCAACGAUUCACAAUUUCCUUGUUUACAUUUACUGCCGAACUUAAUUUCCUGUUGAAAUGCGAGAUAUUUUCCACUGUUUGUGUUUUUGGUUGGGUUAUUAAAACAAAAUAAGUUAUGCGUUUUAUGCUUUGCGUUGAAAGUAGUAAAUACUGCGUUUUACCUUUUCCUGAAACCUUGUUCGAAUCAUAAAUUAAUGGCUAACGGAACAUUCGAAAUACGAUGAUACACAGCUGAGCUUGGAAGGGGUUAGGAACUGGGCAAUGAAGUUAGGAACACUCUAUUACAAGAAAUAGCCGUUAAAUCAAUAGUUAUUAGAUUCAAAAUGAAAGCAAAAGAGGUGAAAAGUGAUGAUUUAAUGACAUCGGAAAUAUCUAUUUCUUGUAAUUAUCACCUUGGCAAUGGCCUCUCCUGUGUCAUUGUUCAAGGAAUUUGGCUUCAGAACACGGCUCAAAAGAUUUAAUGGCUUCCCAGAGCCACACCCUUAACCAUAAAAAUCGUAUUAGUCUCUAAUCCAAACGUUUGUUAAAUUUUGUCAUAACCUCUAUAUAGUCCAGAAUAUUGUAUACCACGGCUCAUUGUAUAGCUGUUGCAAUAGAUUGUGGUCAUUUUAGAGGUAAUAUUCUAUUUUAACGUUUGGAAAUGGGAAGUUGAGCGAUGCGGUUAUUGUUUCAGAAAUAAUUACCCCCUGUUUUCUGCAUGUAGGCUAAUAGUGGAGCGUUUCUCUCUACCUGCCAAGUGUGACUGUCUGACAAUCGGACACACCCUUAAUUUCGUCACCGGUCUACCAUGAAAUUGUUGGGUGUCGCUUCAAAGCCCCCCUCCCCCCCCCCUAAAAAAGUUAAACUUAAGCCCCUGAUUUGCAAUAGGAGUGUGCGGUUAUUCUCUUCCUUAAAAACAUUAUUAAGAGUUAUAAUUAUUCAAACGACACAUUAACAUGGUAUGAUAUGUUAUUAUGUAAUAAUAGGGCGUACUCCCAUCAAAUAUGAAUUACAACGGACUGGAAUAAAAAAUAAAGUCCUCUUCGGAGAAAGCAAAAUUCGGAUAAAGAUUACCUACGUUUUUCAUUUUUUUCUUCUCAAUGGGUGCGGUUAUUUAAAUUGGGAUGACAUUUACGAGGAAAAUUGUGUCGUUUCAAUGCUGACAUUUUAAUCACACACUGACAAUACGUUUGCCCCACCUUUGUUUUGCUCGCGCGAUUUGGACAACAUUGCACGUCAAUCAGGCAAUGCUUAAAAUGCGAAAAGUAGGCAACACAGGUUGAGCCUCGAAUCCUGUUUAUUUUGACAAUUCUGAGUCACAGGGUAUAUGCUUGGAGAAUAAUCCCGAUUGUGGUUUUAGGGCUUCUUAAAAUACGAAAUCCGCGAGGGCUGUUUUGGCGUUUCCUCGCAAGUUUGGCAUUUGACGGCCUCGAUCUCGCCUCGUGUUAGGAUUACAGCGAACAUGGAGAGGAGAGGACGCCAAUUUAAAGUCCACCGCAUACAAUGCGACGCUUCUACGAUCGAUUUUUUAAUAGAAAUCGCAGUUGCAAUGGCUAUGAAAAUUUGAUCAUAAUCAUCUUCUUGAAUGAGGUUCUGAAUAACGAAAUAAACAUCAGCAAUCGAAAAAGAAAACCUAAGCCUUCUAGUCGGCAUAAAAGCCAAAUCGGCUUCAAUUCGCAGACAAUCGCACAACUGAAACGACGUCACUACGAUUCGGAGCCGAUAUGAAUUUUACUCCAUCAAGGAAACUUGCAGUCUGCUGACAUUUUUAUUCUAUUAUUUAUAUUUAUGUAUUUUGAACUAAGUUAAUACAGGUUUAAAUGUUCCGAGUCAAUUGCUAUUGCGAGUCCUUCCAAAAUGGGGUCGUAGUCAGAUCGUAUAGUUUGUGGUGUCGCUUUAAAUACCUGGAGCGUGAUUCCACACAUAAUGUUACUUUGAGCAAAAUAACGAUUCGCGAAAUGAUAGUUAACAAGAUUCCAAUGGUUGAUAAGAAAUAAAUAGAAUCGGACAAAAAUAUGCGACAAAAUCGAUACUGAUCUGACAAUCAGGCAACAUUUUAUCCGCCAUUUUGACGACUUGAAAUCAAAACUGAAUAUAUUACAAAAACUUACGAUAAUUAUUGAACACCUUCUUUUUGAAGAGUACUUAAGUAUUAUGUUUUUUGUUUUAAUCAUGAGCAUGAUAGUGAAUAUAUUUAUUUUUUAUGAAACGGGUAAGAAGAUGUUUUAAAUUGGACACAACGUUGCCAAAUUGGAAAUGUAGAGCGAUGUAGAGAUGAUGUAAAGCGAUGAAUCAUUCGGGUUUCAUGGACAAAGUAUUGAUAUAAUCACUCUCUUACAUUGUUGGGCAUUAUGGUUAGUUAUUGUGUCUUAGUGCCUUUGUAUUUGCCCAGAUGCUAUAGACUGACAAAUUAUAUUCUGAAUCAGAAUUGAGACGUGCUUUCCUGGGUGAUACUACUUCAAGCAAUUUAAUGAGCAUGUUUUGCUCGUUUCACGGAAUUCCUAUUCGACCAAUACCCCAAGUCAUCACCAACUUAUUCUCUAAAUUGAUUAACGAUCAGCAUCGUUUCCUGUUUAAAUUAUUAAAGAUGAUUGGGUACUUAGCAAAGCAACCAUUGUGUUGUUGUUCCUUUUGCAUUUCCACUUAAUAUGCAGAGGAGUUUAAAUCCAGACUCGCAGAAGUGCUACCAGUGAUCUUUUUAUUUUUAUGGUUGAAACAACUCCAAAAUUGAGGUUUUAAUUACUCUUCUGAAAGUGAAUUGCGCUGUUUUGAGGUAAAUUUCCACUCCAGAAUGAAGAGACUAGUAUGAGUCCGUAGAGUGAAUUCCACUCCUGUCCAUUUCCAUAGUAGUUUUGGCCGAAGCUCUACGGCUGGAAUAUCAGCCAUGCAUGUUGACAUUUCAGUAUUGUCAUUUAAAAGUUAUCCCGUUGAACCGAACUACAAAAUGAUUACGUCCUAAUUCGGACUUUGUUUUAAAUUCAUACCGAGUCAUUUAUCCUUUGUCUGAGUUCGCCGCCUAGCGCCAUUCCGUUCAUGCCGUCAUAGUUGCCUAUCUUUCAGACUUCGCCCCUUAUUAAGCCGAUGUGUAUUCUCUCUUUGAUUUGAAUCUCUUCUAUGAUGCCAUAUCAUGUCCGGACUUUUCAUUAGGAUCAUUUUCCAUUCCUCAAUUUUCUUUCAUCCUCAUCUUUUCUUUCUCCCUCACAUAUCAUCUCUAAUUUGGCUGGUAGCGGUGCGGUGUAUACGCCGUGGCGCCGGCCGCAUUUGCAUCUCAAACGGACGCCGAUGAAGAAAAAUAAUUUCUUUAUCUUCGGAUAAUGAGUUUUUGAUUCUUUGUGAUUUCGGUUUCAUUUUCUUUUCCAAUGAAGGAAGAGUCUUAUUACGAAAGGAUAAAUGAUUUUUGUUCUCUCUCUCUCUCUCUCUCUAUCUACCCUUUCCCAUUGAUGCGCAUGGAUUUUGCUCAUAGAUCUUGCUCAUAACGAGGACAUUCAACAGUUAAUGUUCGAAUGGAAAAACUUUUUGCUUCUCUUUUCAGGUUCUCUGAGAUGGACCUGUUGUUUGUUUUACCGUUUAACUUAUUAUACUCUCUCUAUAUGUGAAUCCAACAUUCAAUCAUUCUGUUUUCUAAAACAUCUACACACGGCGGAAAUUAUGGUAACAUUGUAUUCUGACACGUUUUCACCAUGUAUUCUGAUCAUAUGCGAUCGUUUUCAAGUGUAUUUAAUUAUGUAGAGAGUUGUAUUAUUUUGAUUCCACAUAUUGUAAUAGAAUACUUAACUCAUAGUGACACGUUUUUCAGACUUUGAAUUAGAUGGUAAUUUAAGUUGAUAAUAACGAGAAUAUAUAUUUCAACCUGCAUAGAUAAAGAUUUGUAAAACGUAUUUAAGAUUUUAAAAUUUUGAAUAAAUCAUGUAAACAACAAUUUUACAGAGUUUUGAAAAGUGUAUUUUUAUAUAAUAUUUUAGCAAAAACAAAUCAUGUACUGAAAUCGUAUAGAAAAUUUGAUAAAGCUUGCUGCUUUUCGAUGACUAAAGAAUGGAGCUACAGCGUUUUGUUUUCAUAAGUUAAUAAUAUUUCUGAACAGUUUCGUUGAAACAACCGUUUUUCUUUCGUUGUUUUUCAUUCAUGAUAUUUGAUUACUUUUCUCUUGUAUGACUUGAAUGUAAUUUAGUUAAAUUUACUGAUAAGCUGUACCGUUAUCAGUAUUUUGAUUAGAAAUUUCUUGUUAUGACAAUGAUGCAUGAUUAUACCGCAUAACCUACAUUAAUGACUUUAAACCAAUUAGGCAGCUAUUACAUUCGAUUGCCUGUCAAAAGGUCGUAACACAUCUAAAAUAAGACCAUUCGUAAAGGCGACCUUUUGGCGGGCAAUUUAUUGCUUGAUUACAAUAUCUGUUCCAAUCGUAUAUUCGGAUACGUAAUCAAGGCAUGCUUGAUUAUGACUAGAUUUAUCUUGCAAUCAAGAAUAAUGUUUCUUCUUCAUUAUUUUUGUUCCUGAUCGAUGAUUAUUAAUUAGUUCUUAUCUUGAUCAUGGUUAUCAAUCAUUUUUACUAUAAUGAUGAUUUUGUCUGUGGUAAAUUGGUUUAUUUAGUGUUUUACCUCGAUUUAAUAUCACUUUUAUGUUGUGCUUUUUAUCUUGUCUAUUAUUAUUUAUGAAAGGGCCAUUGUGGUACCGACCUUUGUACAUAUCUGUACAUGCCUUUAUACAAGAGAAUUAAAUUUGUAUAUUACCGUA